AUGUCUGAAGCAGACGUCGAGGGGCAAGAAUCAGCCGAGAAGGAAGGCGAAGCCACCAGAGAAAGUGUUGGCAUCACAGGCAUCACAAGUGUUGAUAUCGCAGACCCUUCUGUAGCUCAACAACAAAAAUCGCCAGACGAAGCUGGGAAGGAAAGGGAGGCUAUGAUGCGAGCUCUGAAUCAAGGAGACGCCUUGCUCUGGAACAAUCCUAUUGGCUGGGACGUGGUGGUCAUCUGUGGCUUCUUCUCGUGGCGCUUGCACCGACAAAUCCUCGACCGCUGCGAAUACUUUUCUCCUCGCAUAGAGCCAUGGAAGUCACGUGAAGGAGACAAGGUGAUUAGCUAUUUCGGGUUGGAGGCGUUGCCAAGUCGCUGUCUACAUAUAAUGGAACUACACAAUCACGACCCGGGGCAGCUUGCCAAUGUCCUGCGCUUCCUAUACACCCAUGCGUUGCUAGCACGGGGCAGAUACCACAGCGGAGACCACAGCAGAGUGGAGGACGAAGACCUCUGCAAAGAAGUAGAUGGGAUUUUGUGGCCGCUCCGCCAAAUUCUCAUAAAGUUCGUUGCCGUCACACUGCCCCAAUUGGCACUGAAUCCAGCCUUCCAUGCCCAAUUUAGGAGUGAGUGGGAUGGCCAGAUGUUUGUGCAGCAGCUAGAGGCAGAUUUGGCCGACUUUGCAAGGGAUGAGGUGGCGCAAAGCAAGGGAAAGGGAAAAGAGGGGCAGACAUGUCUAUCACGAGCAUACACAGCCCUGUCGCUAUUGCACCGGCUGGCUAGGACUGAGCGGGAGUGGAUUGCGGACGUGCUAAAGCAUUGCGACAGGACAAGGGCUGACGAGGACGAGGACGAAAACGGAUACGACCACGAUUUUGAGGAUGAGAACUGCAGCGAGGACCGCGAUCACGGCAUAAAACAGCGAGACUUGGCUUCAGGAGAAACAGAGGACGCACCAUACGAAGAUGGGAUCGAGCAAGAACAGCACGAUUCCAAAAGCAGACAGAAGGGAGACACCGCACAUGAUGAGACCAAGGUUUACGCCAGAGUUUGCGCGGACAAGCUGAAAUGGGAUCAAAGCCCGCUCCAGGCGGACACCGAAGACUGCCAGGAGGACCACUAUUUCAACGGCAUGCGGCUUCCACCAGUAGGUGAUAGUCUGAAGGAGGUUGUUGCAUAUUUGUCUCAGCAAAAUGUCUACAAGGAUGAGGAUUGGCCUGUACGAGUCAAAUUUAUCGAGGCACACCUGGACUUCCUGGAGGAGGUACCACUCGGAGAUGGGGACAGCACACAGGCCGACCAGUGUCAAGCCGAUGGUCCGGACCGUCUGCUCCCACUGCCACCUCCGCAGGCAAAUCGCCAACCGCCGGUGUACGGCCAGAAUACACGUAUGCUAGUACAGGAGGCAAGACGUCUGGUGCGCCUACAGAGACUAUUCGAAGCGCAUCAGUACAAUAUAGCCAAGCAGGCCACAGUCCUACACAGCCCAGCUGCGAUAUCAACGAUGCAGCCACGAGAAUUGCAGUUCAGUAGCCUUUUAUGUGUCGAAAGAGUGAAGAGUGAUGCUGCGGGUACGGCAAUCCCAAGAAGCCAGCAGCUUGCACCAAAUGCAGAUAUUCGCAAGACAACUGAUGGCAGUGCCAACGACAUCCUCCGUAUUCUAAAGCACUACCCGGAUGCGACCAGCUACUACCAGCAGCUUGCUGCAGACGAUGGUCAUUUGAUGGGCCAGCCAGCCCAACCAGGCGAAUCUAUCGACACAAUUUUGCAGCGGGCGCAGACAGCCGUCGCAGCGGCCGAGGCCGGAGGUCAGAAUCUCGCAUACGGGGAAAAUGCAGAGUUCUACCAGAGUGUUAUUGCUCAACGUGGCUGGGCCAUAUACAGCAGAGAUGGCAGCAGCGCUACAGUACACGACGUCAGGCGACUUCCAGAUGGCACCAUGCUCGGCCAGGAUGCAACCAGUUAUGCGCGCGAGCGCGGAGCCCGCAGGGCGGCACUGCAGCUGGCUUUGGUAGAAUUCUCGUCGUCGGAAAAUACUGCUGCAAGCAACGGCUCGCCAUGGUGUCGUGUUGCACUACCGGUACCAGCUCGCAACAUCUAUAGGCGGACUGCAGCAGCAGGCGGUUGCUGGCCGUGGGCUACAAAGGCGGAGGUCGGGGCGGGGAUGGGAAAAUCGACCAGGGCAGCAUCACAGCUGUUGCCGGUGCCGAAGCUUGUGGCAGGCGGGUCUCGGGGGGAUACAGAAGAGAAGAACAUGCUUCCCGUUAUCAGCAAGCAGACGCAUCCGUACACAGCCUACAUGGCGGAGUACCGGCGCCACCGGAUCAAAUGGGUGGAGAAGGCGCGCAUGGCAACAGAGUCUGAAAAUCAGGACCAGCCGGACUGGGCGGUGCUGCCUCGGUUUCCCGAUGCGUACAGCCUCGGCUACGGUAGUCCCAGAGGCCUCCCGCGCCGGCCACUGCCUCGACUCAUGGAGCAGGAUCGCAGGAUGUUGGUGCUGCUGCGUUCCAUCGCCCGUCUGCUGGAGCGCGCUUUGGAGGUGGCACCGCGGCCACUUCUUCGCAACGUACGCAAAUACACAGCACAGGGCUUGCGUGGACUGUCGCAGCCGGACAGCGCGCUGCAGCUGCGCAGUUUCUACGACUGGGAGCCGAGGGUGAUCACCGGACUCGCCGCUAUUAGGAGGCUUCGUGUGGCUCGGCCGAUCAAUGAGGUUGAAGCGCGGUGGCUCAAUUUCUUACUGACGGGAUCGACCAACAGUCGACUGAUGCUGCCGCUUCCAGCAGGCCCCGACCUGCGGGAAGCACACGAAAAAGAAGAAGAGGGGCACAGCGAAGACCGAGGCGGACAGGCGUUGUACCAGUGCUUUGCACAACGACUUCAGGGGCUCAUGGAUGAUCUCAGCGAUAUCCGGCUCUUUCAGACAGUCGACACGGAGGUGCCGAUCAAGGUGCUCGUGGACACAAUGAACGAGGAUGGAGCACCAUUCGACGUAACAGGAAACGAGCAGCAGCAGCAGCAGCGUGUGCGGUUUUCCUACGGGGACGCCCGGUUCUUCUGCGACCGCCUCCGAAAAGCCGGCCGCUGCAGGUUCAGCCCAUAUAAGCCGGGCUCCGGAGAAGGCAACCGUGGCGGUGGCAUUGUUCAGCGGCCAAGGCUGACUCUGCACCCAGAGCACCGCAUAUGGGCCAAAAAUAGAGAACCACCGGGAGGCCAAGAAGGAUGGUCGUGGCUGAUGCGGCCGCACCCCGGGGCUGACGAGCAGGAUCCAGAUAUUGCCAUCGGUGCACCCCAACGAGCCCUGGAGGUGGACGACACCUGGGCCAAGACGGUGGCAAGCGGACGCACCAAGGAGCCACUGCGAGCCGAGGUGCACGACUUCUUCUGCGGGCUUGCCUUCCGCUUUGGUCGCACGCUACGACAAUUGGAGAUGGUGGAGCGUGGCAGAUGGGAGGAUGCCGCGUGGAAGCAGGCAGACAGCGCCAGCGACGACUUGAACGCCACCCAGACCAAGACCGACAAGAAGAACAGAGUAAAGGAGUGCAUGAGCGCGUGGCAGCAGAAAUACGAAAAUAUGACGAGCAAAAACAACGUCAACUGUGGUUUUCCCGACGUUGUGCGAAUUGCUGACCCUGAGGCUACCAAGAGCAGCAGCACCAUGCCGGCAAAAUAUGCACAAGAUUUGAUAGCCCACAAGCUGCUCGUCGAGGCUGAGCGUGCUCUGACACCGCUGCCCACAGCGGCUGCUCCACGGCCAUCGGGGUCUCUCUGGGACUGGGCGCUGCCACAAGUCUGCGGAUUGGCGCCCCAAUUCUUCCACAUAGACCGUUGGCCGGUGCACUUGCAGACACCUGCCGUGGAGCAAUAUUGGACGCAGCAGAACGACGUGCUGGACCCAGAAGCUGUCUGGGAUCCAGCCAGCGAGGAUCCAACGCCAGCGAAGUACAUGUGGCGACCGUCGUCGUCGGCCUCGGCCUUUGGGUUUCAGAAGGAGACGAAAUAUGUCGGACCGGUGGCGUUCCUCCACGGUGAGACAAAGCUGCAGCAACUUAUGGUGAUCGACGAUAUCACCGAACGUGUAGCGACAGCCCUCGAAGCCGUGGAAGAACGUGGGAUGUGGAGCAAGCUGUCAGAACGAGUUCCAUUCUUUGGACGGCGGCGGGCCCUCGAAUCAGUACCGUUGACGUUUGACGACGUGGUCGUGGAGGAUACGCCGCUGCCGAAGCAAAUCAAUAUCAUGGGCUCCUCAGCUUCAAAGGCUACGCGCACCGGUGUUCCGCGUAAAUAUCCAACAAGAGCAGCUGGUGCUUCACUGCCACACGAUACACAACGAGCAGCACGGCCAGCACGAUCGACACGACCACCAGCUCACCAGUCGCAGCGGGCUGAACGGCCAGCAACGGAUAUAUCGAACAGCACCUUGCGCCCUGAACGGCGGCAGCCAUCCUUUUCCAAGGACGAAGUGAUACGUGCCGAUGGCUCCGACCCCGAUUGGUCAGCCGCCUUUUCCGAUCGCCUACGCCAGCUCGGCGCCGUGACGCCCAACCCGACAUCGCCGCAGUCGUCGGCCGGCGGAAUAGACUCGACAGCGGCCGCAUACGCCAUACAGAGGCGGAGUCCAAAAAACACGACGCUGUCGGUCCUCGAGGCGCGCCGCCGACUACACGAUGACCAAGCGGCCGAGCGGACUGCCGACGUGGCAAGCAAAGGCCGUGGCGGUGGUGGCUCACACAAUUUGGGCCGCGAGUUUCUUUCUGCCAGCACGCUGAGGGAAAUCCUGGAACUGCGAGCGCAGGGCGUGGGUGCAGCCGUCAUUGAGCAGCGGCUACGGCUCAAGGCAGGCGUCGUCGAUCGGCUGGGACGACCGGGCCUGGUGGAGGCGUCGUGA